AACGAAAAAAACCGGUUGACGGCGAAAUGGCAAAACUAAGAGGUCGCGCGAAGCAAUUUGCUGAUCUGGAUGCUCCUAUUGCUAAAGAGUUUGAUCCGGAGGAAGACGCUCCAGCGCAAGAGAGUGGGAGCGAUGAAUCUGGAGAUAGCGAUGAUGGGUUAGCAGGCACUGAGCACUAUGGCGAAGUCAGCAAAAGCAAGCUUCGACAAGACGAGGUGGGACCUCAAUAUGCUGGGUCACGCAUCAGUCGAGAGGCCUUAUACAACGACGAUAACGAGGAUAGCUCAGAAUCAGACGACGAGGAGGAGGAAGAAGAAAAAGAAGAGAAAGGAGGAGUGGAUGUCGGCGAAAAGUUUGCGGAUCCGAAAGAUGUCGAUAUUGAUAUGGACGAAGAUGGUGAUAUUGAUAGUGAUGCUGCGUUUGGUGAAAGCGAUGCGGAAAAAUUCAAGGGUUUUACGUUCCGAGGGAGCUCCAAGCCUAAUACCAAUGGUGCUAAAAGGAGAAGGCCGACAGCCGCGGAUUUUAUGACAGACAGUGACGAUGAAGGAGUCGCUGUCAAUGGAGAAGAACCCGAAGAUGAGACAGAUGAAGAUAUUCUGGAUGUCGACGAGCAACAUCCUGAGGAGCCAGAAGAUGAGAGUGAGGGUUCUGCAGAAGAAGGCAGUGAUAAGGAUGGGGAAUCUCCACCAAGCGAAGGUGACGAGAGCGAUAAGAGUGACGAGAAGGAUGAGAAUGAUGAGAGCGAUGAAGAGUCUGAAAGUGGUAGCGAAGAUGGGGACGAUGAGAAAGCAAGACGUGCAGAACUACGGGAGAUCAUGAAUGAGGAGGAAACUACAGUUGCCGCCAUUUUACAAGCUGCAUCGGCUGAUGCGGCCAAGGGAAAUGCGGUCCGGCAGCAAAGGAAGACUUUCGAUUCCCUCCUGAAUGUCCGUGUCGUUCUUCAGAAGGCACUGAUUUCAACAAACUCGAUGGCCGCCAUUGAAGACAACAAUGCAGAAGACGCUGGCAACGAACCAUACGAAGCGGCAGAGGAUGCGGCACUUAAAUUGUGGAAUACUCUGGAUCGGAUUCGACACGAGCUCAUCAAAGCAAAUGGCACUGCGCAAACAGGUCAGAAACGUAAACGUGAUAUUGAUAGCUCGACGCCAUCAUCUACCAUCUGGGAAAGGAUGCAGGACUCGGAGGUAGCAUCUAUCGACAACCGACAAAGGAUCCUCGAAAAGUGGUGGGGUAAAGUUAAAGGCUCCACGCCAGCAACGGGAAAGCUCAUCAGUGCUGCGCCGACACAGAGCAUCACAGCCGCUAUCCAAGACCAGCUUUCUAAGCCACGGCUAUUGGAGAAUGUCAGAAGGCCCCGGGCUUGCGCCCCAAUACAGGAGAAAAACAAAGUCACCGAAGAUCCUCAAAUAUACGAUGACAGUAGUUUCUACAAGCUACUCUUGAACCAGCUUGUAGAACAGAGGAAGAUGGAGGCCGGACCCGCGAUUGGAGGUACAAGUAUAGCACCAGCCCAGUGGGCAGUCAAGGAAGCCAAGAUGAGGAAGAAGGUCGACACGAAAGCUAGCAAGGGUCGCAAGAUACGAUAUACGGUGCACGAAAAGUUGCAAAACUUCAUGGCACCCGAGAACAGGGGAACUUGGGAACAGGAGGCUAUUGAUAGAUUCUUUGGGACGCUAUUGGGACAGAAAAUGACGCUUGGGGAGGAAGAUAUGGAGAUUGAUGGUGAAGAGGAUGGUGUUUCACCUGAGGAGGCGGGGCUGAGACUAUUCAGGUCCUAGGUAAUUGCCACAAAUUAAAAUUAUGCUUGAUUAGUAUCCGAGCAGUGGUCGAGGGCGUCUUGGGCGAACCGGUCUUAUUUAUGAGUUAUUAACCAAUUCUAUCUUGAUAUCAGGACCUUUACUUUCCACAACAAGAUUAUCUCCUCAAUUGGGUAGAAAUACUCUUGCGAUUCUCCAACGCUGGACUAUUCUCUCUGAUAAUAUAGAUCCC